CUACACCCUUCCCCACCCCACACACACAUCUUUCCAUUCCUUCUUUCUCUCUCUCUCUCUCUCUCUCUCUCUCUCAGCAUCACAUGGUCACAGUCCCGCACGCAGACCAAAAGCGAACACAAUUUAGUAGAACCAGCACCAGCAUACACAGCCAUGGCUAAUCCGUAACAAACUCUGCUACUACGGUCAUGUCGUCUUCCAACGAUAACAAUAAUAAUUUCAUUAACAAUCCACUGACUUCUACCAAAGACCUUUUUCCGUCCACUUCUCUCUCGCUCACUCUCGGAUUGUUUCGUGACGGAGAGGAUGCGGUGGAUGAUCGAAAAGAGGAGGCUGCUAAUACGACGGUGACGGAGAUCAGCAGCGAGACUUCCGGACCGGUGAGAUCACGAUCGGAUGAUGACGAUUUCGAUGCUGAUCCUGACGUCGAUGACGGAGAUGACGCUAGCAAUAAGAAUAACAAAAGUAAGAAGCGAAAAAAGUACCACCGCCACACCGCUGAUCAAAUUCGUGAGAUGGAAGCGCUCUUUAAGGAGUCACCUCACCCAGACGAAAAGCAACGACAACAGUUAAGCAAGCGGUUAGGUCUUCAUCCUAGACAAGUGAAGUUCUGGUUUCAAAAUCGCCGUACUCAAAUCAAGACUAUACAGGAACGCCAUGAAAAUUCGUUACUAAAAUCGGAACUGGAUAAACUAGGUGAAGAAAAUAAGUUAUUAAGGGAGACAAUCAAGAAGGGUACCUGUACCAACUGUGGUUUCGGUAGUUCUAGCAAGGAUGUCACCACUUACGUUGAUGAACAACAGCUUCGCGUUGAAAAUGCCAAACUUAGAGCUGAGAUUGAGAAGCUAAGGACAUCAGUUGGGAAAUAUCCACAGGGAGCAUCACCAACGAACUCGUGUUCGGUAGGAAAUGACCAUGAAAACAAAAGCUCAUUAGAUUUGUGUAGUGGGUUAUUCGGGCUUGAAAAAUCUAGAGUAAUGGAGGUUGUCGAUCUGGCUGUGGAAGAGCUUGUACAAAUGGCUAGUGCUGGUGAACCACUAUGGGUCAAGAGCUUGGAGACGGGUCGAGAAAUACUUAAUUACGAUGAAUACUUGACCAAGUUCUCCACUGUGGAUUCAAGCAAUGUUCAACGGUUGAGAUUCAUUGAGGCAUCUAGAGAUAGUGGUGUUGUUUUUGUGGAUCUCCCCCAGCUAGUUCGAAGUUUCAUGGAUGUGAAAGAAUUUGAGGAAAUGUUUCCAUGCAUGAUCUCAAAAGCAGCUACCCUUGAUGUUAUUUGUAACGGCGAAGGUCCUAACAGAAAGGGUGCGGUUCAACUGAUGUUUGCUGAGCUGCAAAUGCUAACUCCGUUGGUGGCCACAAGAGAAGUUUAUUUCGUGAGAUAUUCCAAGCAAUUGACUGCUGAAAAGUGGGCAAUUGUUGACGUUUCUAUUGACAAUGUAGAAAAGAACAUUGAUGCCUCCUUAGCGAGAUGCAGAAAACGUCCAUCUGGUUGCAUCAUCGAGGACAAAUCAAAUGGUCACUGUAAGGUGACAUGGAUAGAGCAUUGGGAAUGCCAAAAAAGCGUAUCUCAUUCUAUGUUUCGUGCAAUCAUCAAUAGCGGCCUCGCUUUUGGAGCAAGGCAUUGGAUGGCCACAUUGCAGCAACAAUGCGAACGUCUUGUGUUCUUCCUUGCAACAAAUGUUCCCACUAAGGAUUCUUGUGGUAUCGGUACACUGGCGGGGAGGAAAAGUAUUCUAAAACUGGCACAGAGAAUGACGUCGAGUUUUAGUAGAGCACUAGGAGCCUCAAGCUAUCACACAUGGAAAAAGAUACCAAGUAAGACGGGAUAUGACAUACGGGUGGCUUCCAGAAAGAACCUAAAUGAUGCCGGUGAACCUUUAGGUGUGAUACUAUGUGCAGUUUCGUCUAUAUGGUUGCCAGUUUCUCACACUCUUCUUUUUGACUUCCUAAGAGAUGAAACUCGAAGAAAUGAGUGGGAUAUUAUGUCAAAUGGUGGUCCGGUUCAAUCUAUUGCCAACCUGGCAAAAGGACAAGAUCAAGGAAAUACCGUCUCCAUCCAUACAAUGAAGUGGAAGGAGAACAUGUGGAUGAUCCAAGAUAGCUGCACAAACGCAUACGAGUCCAUGGUGGUGUGUGCACCGGUGGCUGUGACCGCCAUGCAGUCCAUAAUGGCUGGCUGUGACUCUAGCAACAUCGCCAUAUUACCCUUGGGUUUUUCAAUUCUACCUGAUGGGAUUGAAACAAGGCCUUUGGUGAUCACAUCAAAGGCAGAUGAUCAAAGUUGGGAAUACGGGUCGUUGUUAACCGUUGGAUUUCAGAUCCUUACAAGCGACUCACCCAUAUCUAAACUCAGUAUGGAAUCCGUGGAUUCCGUUAAUACGCUUAUUUCGAGCACCCUGCACAAUAUCAAGACGGGUUUACAAUGUGAAGAUCAAUGAUUUUACUGCUACAAUAUAGAGAUAUACUUGUGCAUCAUGAAUAAUCUUUUAGUUUUAAGGACCACCCAUAAAAUCUGACUUUUUCCAGGUAUUAGGUGAAAAUGUCUUGGUACAAGUAAAUAUUUGGUGGGUUUUGAAAGAUUAGAUUUGAAUACGUGAAGACAAUUAAGAUACUAAUUAUUGGAGACUA